AUGGUCAAGGCUACUGUUAUCGGCGCCGCUGGUGGUAUCGGCCAGCCUCUCUCGCUCCUCCUCAAGCAGUCUUCGCUUGUCACUGAUCUCGCCCUUUACGAUGUCGUCAACGCCGUCGGUGUCGCUGCCGAUCUCUCGCACAUCAACACUCCCUCCGUUGUCACUGGCUACCUCCCCGCUGACGGUGGUCUUGGCAAGGCCCUCAAAAACGCCGACAUUGUCGUCAUCCCCGCUGGUGUCCCCCGUAAGCCAGGCAUGACCCGUGAUGACCUUUUCAACAUCAACGCCGGUAUCGUUCGUGACAUUGCCGUAGGCAUUGCCGAGCACUCUCCCAAGGCUUUUGUCCUUGUCAUCUCGAACCCUGUCAACUCGACCGUCCCUAUCGUCGCCGAGGUCCUCAAGAAGAAGGGCGUUUACGACCCCAGGCGCCUCUUCGGUGUUACCACUCUCGACGUUGUUCGUGCCUCCACCUUCCUCGCCGAGGCAGCUGGCAAGCCCACUGAGUCUCUCAACUACCGCAUCCCCGUCGUCGGUGGUCACUCGGGUGUCACCAUCGUUCCCUUGAUCAGCCAGAGCCAGCCUCCCAUCUCGGUCGGACAGGACAAGAUCGAGCAGCUCACCAACCGUAUCCAGUUUGGUGGUGACGAAGUUGUCAAGGCUAAGGACGGUGCUGGAUCUGCCACCCUUUCCAUGGCUUACGCUGGUGCUCGUUUCGCCAUCGCCCUUUUGGAGGCUGCCAGCGGUAAGCCUUUGGCCAACCCAGAGAUGGCUUACGUCGACCUCACCGCCGAUGCUGCCGGUGCCAAGGAGGUUACCGCUGUUAUUGGCAACGAGACUCCUUUCUUCUCGGUUCCUCUUCAGUUGGGUCCUAACGGUGUAGAGAAGAUUCUGCCCCUUGGAAAGCUUAACGACUACGAGUCCGAGCUUAUUAAGAAGGCGGUUGUUGACCUUAACGGUAACAUUAACAAGGGUGUUCAGUUCACUGCUAACCUCUGA